AUGGAAGGCGUUCGUAUCUGUAAAGGUCAAAAGGAGUGUGAUCCCGUACCAUUAUACUACUACUGUGACAACAGUGAUCCAGUACCAUUAUACUACUACUGUGACAACAAUGAUCCUGUACCAUUAUACUACUACUGUGACAACAGUGAUCCAGUACCAUUAUACUACUACUGUGACAACAGUGACCCAGUACCAUUAUACUACUACUGUGACAACAGUGAUCCAGUGCCAUUAUACUACUACUGUGACAACAGUGAUCCUGUACCAUUAUACUACUACUGUGAUAACAGUGAUCCUGUACCAUUAUACUACUACUGUGACAACAGUGAUCCUGUACCAUUAUACUACUACUGUGACAACAGUGACCCAGUACCAUUAUACUACUACUGUGACAACAGUGAUCCUGUACCAUUGUACUACUACUGUGACAACAGUGACCCAGUACCAUUAUACUACUACUGUGACAACAGUGAUCCUGUACCAUUGUACUACUAUUGUGACAACUGUGACCCAGUACCAUUAUAA